AUGAGCUGGACGCUGCUGCUCAGGAUGGUGCUCGUCCCGGGGACCCCUCCAAACGACGGGGAGCGUAAACACCGAGAUGGUGGCGCCGUCCUGCCCUUCGUCGGCCUCACCGGCAGUGCUCAACAGAGUCGGAGAUGCUGUAAAAACGGAGGAACCUGCAUCCUGGGCAGCUUCUGCGCUUGUCCUCCGUUCUUCAGCGGCAGGAUCUGCGAGUACGACGAACGCAUCAGGAGCUGUGGCCCGAUUCCUCACGGCAUAUGGGUUCAGAAAGGCUGCUCGUACUGCCGCUGUGGUUACGGCCUCCUGCACUGCUUCCCCCACGUCUUCCACAAAGACUGCGAUGACUCGGAGGAGGUUCGUUGGUAUGGUUCAUCAGCUGUCGACGUGAAUCCAACCGGCUGGUUUCUGUAUCUGACGCUGCUUCUUCCUCUGCUCUUACUGUGA